UGCACAAUUUCGCAUUCAAACUGCCCCAAUAGAAACGCAAAAUUAUUGACAUGCACUCCUUUUCUUUAACAAGAAAAGGGUAAUCUUAUCAUGUCGCGCCGUGUGAUAACCCCGGCUUAUUCUCUCCGUCCCGUUCACGGAAAACCCCUCCCCUCCCCCGCGGCACACGAAGGAACCCUAACCUCGUCCUUCCAUUCGAUCGACGGGAACACCAAUUUCUUCUUUGAUCUUUUCUUGAUCAAGAUCCGAUCCCCGCCUGAAGGAGUUACUUUGCUUGCAAUUCUUUUUCUUUAAAUUUAAAGAAAGGGAAGGAACGGAUCGGUAGGCGAUGGCGGGGUCAAGCUCAUGGUCUCGGGCUUUGAUGCAGAUAUCGCCCUACACGUUCGCGUCCAUCGGAAUCGCGAUCUCCAUCGGCGUUUCGGUCCUCGGGGCCGCUUGGGGAAUUUAUAUAACGGGGAGCAGCUUGAUUGGCGCGGCGAUCAAAGCUCCAAGAAUCACCUCAAAGAAUCUCAUUAGCGUUAUCUUCUGUGAGGCUGUUGCUAUAUAUGGCGUAAUUGUUGCAAUCAUUCUACAAACAAAGUUGGAAAGUGUACCAGAAUCACAGGUAUAUGCUGCAGAGUCUCUAAGAGCUGGAUAUGCAAUUUUUGCCUCUGGAAUCAUUGUGGGUUUUGCAAAUCUCUUCUGUGGGCUUUGUGUGGGAAUAAUUGGAAGCAGCUGUGCGCUGUCUGAUGCUCAGAACUCCACGCUCUUUGUAAAGAUACUGGUGAUUGAAAUCUUUGGUAGUGCACUUGGAUUAUUUGGUGUGAUCGUUGGCAUAAUUAUGUCAUCUCAAGCAUCGUGGCCAGCAAAGACAGCAUGAGCUGUUUGUCUUCAGAACCAAACAGGGCCGGUUGCUUGUUACUCAGCGAGGUGGAAGUUUGUGCAGUGUAUCGUAACUCUUGACCAGUAUGGCUUUGAUAUAAAUAUAGUGCCUGUGGAAGAUUUCAUGUAACCGUUCCAUAGAGUAACUUCAGAUUAUUAUAUUUGCUUUCUUUUUGAUGAUUUUAAGAUCCUGCCUCUUUGCAAGGGCAUCUGUUGUUGCAGAGAAAAUUUUUGUAUGUCAAAUAAAUAGGUUUCUUAUUACUUGAUUCCUGCUGGCACUCACUCAAAGGUGGGGAGCUCCUUCAUUAUUUCGUCAUCGAUGUUUUGGUAUUUAAUCAGCAUAGCAGUCUUAUGUUU